UUGUUAACAUUAGAUGGAAAAGGGUGCGCGCGGCUGGAAGCGCGCAUGCGCCUUGGCUGCUGCUGUAGGCUCCUUUCAGUGCUGAGCAUCCCGCCUGUCUCGUGCGGGAUGGAAAUGCCCAACCGAGGGACGCGCCCAGAGGACAGCUCUGUGCUGAUCCCCACCGACAAUUGGACCCCACACAAGGAGGAUCUUAGCAACAAGAUUAAAGAACAAAAAAUUGUUGUGGAUGAACUUUCUAACCUUAAGAAGAACAGGAAAGUAUAUAGGCAACAACAGAACAGCAAUAUAUUCUUUCUUGCAGACCGAACAGAAAUGCUGUCUGAGAGCAAAAAUAUAUUGGAUGAACUGAAAAAGGAAUACCAAAAAUAGAAAACUUAGAGAAGACCAAAAUCAAGGAAUAGUCAAGCUGAUUUCACGUGGCAAUGUGUGGCAUUUGUUGUUCUGUAAACUUUUCUGCUGAGCAUUUCGGUCAAGAUUUAAAAGAGGACUUAGUGUAUAAUCUUAAACAGCGGGGACCCAAUAGUAGUAAACAAUUGUUGAAGUCUGAUGUUAACUAUCAGUGUUUAUUUUCUGGUCAUGUUCUCCACUUGAGGGGUGUUUUGACUGUCCAGCCUGUGGAAGAUGAAAGAGGCAAUGUGUUUCUAUGGAAUGGAGAAGUUUUUAGUGGAAUAAAGGUUGAAGCUGAAGAGAAUGACACUCAAAUUAUAUUUAAUUAUCUUACCUCCUGUAAGAAUGAAUCUGAGAUUUUGUCACUCUUCUCAGAAGUGCAAGGUCCCUGGUCAUUUAUAUAUUAUCAAGCAUCUAGUCAUUAUUUAUGGUUUGGUAGGGAUUUUUUUGGUCGCCGUAGCUUGCUUUGGCAUUUUAGUAAUUUGAACAAGAGUUUCUGCCUCUCUUCAGUUGGCACCCAAAUAUCUGGAGAAACAAAUCAGUGGCAAGAAGUUCCAGCAUCUGGACUUUUCAGAAUUGAUCUGAAGUCUGCUGCCAUAUCCAGAUGCAUUAUUUUACAACUGUAUCCUUGGAAAUAUAUUUCUAGUAGGGAGAAUAUUAUUGAAGGAAAUGUUAAUAGCCUGAGUCAAAUUUCAGCAGACUUACCAGCAUUUGUAUCAGUGGUAGCAAAUGAAGCCAAACUAUAUCUUGAAAAACCGGUUGUUCCUUUAAAUAUGAUGUUGCCAAAAGCUGAAUUGAAUACUCACUGCAGUAAUAUUUCCAAUGUGCCACUUACGAGAGAGACACUUCAAGUCUUUCUUACCAAUGUACACAUGAAGGAAAUAAUUCAGCAGUUCAUUGAUGUCCUGAGUAUCGCAGUCAAGAAACGUGUCUUGUGUUUACCUAGGGAUGAAAACCUGACAGCUGAUGAAGUUUUGAAAACGUGUGAUAGGAAAGCAAAUGUUGCAAUUCUGUUUUCUGGGGGCAUUGAUUCCAUGGUUAUCGCAACGCUUGCUGACCGUCAUAUUCCUUUAGAUGAACCAAUUGAUCUUCUUAAUGUAGCUUUCAUAGCUGAAGAAAAGACCAUGUCAACUAGCUUUAACAAAGAAAGGAAUAAACAGAGAAAUCAAUGGGAAAUACCUUCUGAAGAAUCCUCUAAAGAUGUUGCUGCUGCUGCCUAUGGCAGUACCUGAUAAUGUCUGUCAAUGUGCCAGAUCGAAUCACAGGAAGAGCAGGACUAAAGGAACUACAAGCUGUUAGCCCUUCCCGAAUUUGGAAUUUUGUUGAAGUUAAUGUUUCCAUGGAAGAACUGCAGAAAUUAAGAAGAACUCGGAUAUGUCACUUAAUUUGGCCAUUGGAUACAGUUUUGGAUGAUAGUAUUGGCUGUGCUGUCUGGUUUGCUUCUAGAGGAAUUGGUCAGUUAGUGGCCCAGGAUGGAGUGAAAUCGUAUCAGAGCAAUGCAAAGAUUUCCUUUCCUGGAUGAAAAUGUCGUCUCCUUUCUAAAUUCUCUACCAGUUUGGGAAAAAGCAAACUUGACUUUACCCCGAGGAAUUGGUGAAAAACUAAUUUUACGCCUUGCAGCUGUGGAACUUGGUCUUACAGCCUUCAGCUCUUCUGCCCAAACGGGCCAUGCAGUUUGGAUCAAGAGUUGCAAAAAUGGAAAAAAAUAAUGAAAAGGCAUCUGAUAAAUGUGAACGGCUCCAAAUAAUUUCCUUAGAAAAUCUUUCUACUGAAAAGGAGACUAAAUUGUAAUGUGAUUCACAAUGUAACUAUGUUUAUAUAAAAGUAAAAAUACUCUGCUGCUUUAUUGCUGUAUAAUAUAGUAGUUUUAAAGGUUA